AUGAAAAUGGCCACACCCAGAAACUCAUUGCGUGGCUUCCUCACGCACGCCAAGAAUGAUCUGCGCUCCGCCAUCAGCUCGAACCAAAAGGUGACGCUGGUGAUUGGCAACGAGUCGGCUGAUCUCGACUCGAUGACUUGUCAGAUUCUGUAUGCGUAUGUCCGCUCCAUGGCACCGCCCAAGAACGCGUUCACGCCACUGUAUAUUCCCGUGACCAACAUGCCGGCUGCUGGCAUUUCUAUGCGGCCAGAGUUUCUGGCCGUGUUCAAGUAUGCGAAUAUAGAGCCGACGCAUCUCAUCACGCUCGAUGACCUCCCGGCGCUGUCGGAGAUUCAAGGCAAGCUGAAGCCUGAGAAUACCAAAUGGAUUCUCGUGGACCACAACGCGCUGCAGGGCCAGCUCGGUACCAUCUACGCCAGUCGUGUGCAGGGAGUCAUCGACCAUCACGACGACGAAGGGCGGGUACCUAAAGAGACUGGUGACGAGCCCCGCAUUGUUGAAAAGAGCGGGAGUUGCACAAGUCUGGUCACGAACUACGUCGGACCCACAUGGGACAUGUUGUCGGGCUCGGCGCUGUCUUCGGGCGCUGCCCACGCCCAAGGCGACAGCUUGUCCGACGACGAUGCUGCUGUCAAACGAUGGGAUGCAAGCGUGGCCCAGUUGGGACUGGCGAGCAUCCUCAUCGACACGUCGAAGCUCGAAGACCCCAACAAAACCACAGAUGGCGAUCGCAGGGCUGCCGAGUAUCUGGAAUCUAAGGUGAUGCUCUGUCCGCAGCUUGCGGUGAGCUAUGACCGCGCGGCGUUGUACGAAUCCAUCGACGCUGCGAAGAAGGACAUUGGGCCGUUGAAGCUGCAAGACAUACUGCAGAAGGAUUACAAGGUGUGGGAGCAGGACGACGGGCAGAAGCUCGGCAUCAGCUCCGUGGUGAAGAAGAUUGAGUUCCUGCAGAAAAAGGCAGGCGACGAAGCAGGCGAGCCGUCUGAGCAGGCGUUUCUCGACUCUCUGAAGUCGUUUGCCGAGGAGCGCAAACUCGAUUUAUACAGCAUCAUGACGACAAGCACGUCGUCGAGUGGAGAGUUCCAGCGCGAGCUCCUCCUCUGGGCCUUUACGGACAAAGCAGUGUCAUGGGCAAAGUCGUUUGCAGAGAGCUCGCGCGACGAGCUGGGCCUGGCCGACUGGGAUGGGUCGGAGAGAGUGGGGCGCGGCGAGGACAGCGGACAGUGGAGGAGGGUGUGGUGGCAGCGACAGGUGCAGCACAGUCGGAAGCGUGUCGCGCCGUUGCUCAGACAGGCCCAAGGUUGA